AUGCCGGAGCUCCCCAGCCGCACCAGGAGCCACGCUGCCCUCCGCUGCUGGGCCAGGACCCUCUCCGCGGCACUGCUGCUCAUGCUGCCCAGGCCCUAUGGUAGAGAGGGUGUGGCCGAGGGCGAGUCCGCCGGACGUGCCUGUGAUGACCCACCAAGAUAUGAAUCUAUGAAGAUCAAGGGUAACAGUAAAUCUUCGUAUAAUCCUGGGGAGAGAGUAGAAUAUGAGUGCCGCCCUGGAUACAAGCAAGUCUCUACUCUUCCCGUCCAUACUGUUUGCAAUGAUGAUGGCACAUGGACAGCACUCCAGGAGGCUUGUACCAGUACUGAGACCACCCCCGGCCACGCCUCCCGCUUCACGCCGCCGCCCGGGCUCCCCCAAGUCCUGCAGUCGCCCCGCCCCGCAUCCCGAGACCCCGCCAUGAAGAUACUGGGGGCGUGCUUUCGCUUACUUGGAUCAAAAGUUCUUUACUGUGAAUUGGUUGACAACAAUAUGGACUGGAGCGGUGACCCUCCACUAUGUGAAAAGAUCUUGUGUACACCACCUGAGAAAAUACCAAACGGGAAGUACUCCAAUAGUCACAAGGAAGUUUUUGAAUAUGGUGAAGUGGUGACUUACAUUUGCAACCCUUCGGCUGGGCGAGAUGAAUACUCCCUUAUUGGGAUGAACAGGCGUGUUUGUUCUGAUGAUGGAGAGUGGACUGGCAGCCCUCCUCGGUGUGAAGUGGUACCCAAUGGAAUGCCAAGAUCAAUAAUUCCAAACAAACGUAACUACAACACAACAGUUUCAUUUGACUGCCUCCCAGGUUUUUUCCUACAAGGCAGCAACAUAAUCAGGUGUGACGAGGACAGUAGCUGGAAGCCCGCAGUACCAACGUGUGUUCCAGGUUCCAAGCCAAAAGUUACUACCCCGACUCAAGCUUCAAGAGAUCCCAGUUCCAAACCUACAUCUGCUACUCCAACUGCUACUUCAAGAGUGCCUGGUGAUGUCAUACCCAGUGAUCAACCACCUGAAACAUCCGGGCAUUUAGGUCCUGGGAUCAUUGCAGUGAUUGUUUUAAUUGUAGUUGUUGGUGUUAUACUGGCCAGCCUUGGUGUGUACAAGUAUGUUCAGAGCGGGAAGAAGAGAGAAACAAAGGGCUCAGAAGCUUCCUUUUCUACCUACCGGAGCAAAUCCAGCAGUCCAGUAGAAGAGUCCAAGUAAAUGGCCCCAGAGCCAGAGUAUUGGUUAACUUCCACUGCUCUUUGAUCCACUUAACUAUCCUCAGCCAGUUAGUGCCACCACUUUGAGAAACAUUUGUAAAGUGCCUCAAAAAUUAAAGAGUGGAAACACCAA